CACUUCCGGCGCUGGAUGCCAUGGCUCCUUGCGGUGACCGUGGCCAGCUUCACGCUGCCGCGCGGCUUUCUGGGCGCAGCUUUUGGUGGACGAGCUCUACUGCGACAGCUGCCAUUGCUCAUUCCCCUGGCAGAAGCCGUCGGAUCCUGCAGGGACUGCUGCGUGGCGGACUUUUGCCGCUGCCAACGCUGCGAGUGUUGGCAGAUCCUACGAAGUUUGGGCUAUCGCACCCCGUUGGAUGUCAAUGAGGCGCUAAAGCAAGGAGUGCUGAGGGCCGAAGCGUUGCAGUGGCGGGAAGCCUCCUUGCCUGUGUGGCAUCCAGUGGCAGAUUCGCAGCUGGAAAUCCGACCUUCGAAGAUCGCGGGGCUGGGACUUUUUGCAGCGGAACCAUUGGAGGCAACGACUCUUUUGCCUCCAUAUCAAGGUCUGAGUUUGCUGAAUGCCGACCUGAACAAUUUGGACUACACUCAAGAUGAAGACAACUAUGUGUGGUGCCCCCCAGAUUUUGUGGAGCCAUGUGGCUUUGAGACCGACGACAAAGUGCUGGGCCCAUGGACCCGAGUUUCUGCGUGGAUGGUCGAGAAGUGGCUUCGAGUGACAAUCCAGCACGCUUUGUGAAUGGGGCACGUACGUUGGAGCAAUGCAAGGAGGUGAAUCUGGAGAUCUGCGAGUUGGGAGAGGUGGCCUAUUUUCGCACCCUGAAAGCCAUCCCUGUGGGCAGCGAACUCUUGGUGGACUAUGGCCCUGGAUAUUGGUCUGACUUCGGUGGCUGCCAGUGAGGCAUGCAGAUCUUAAGAUCUGCGCAGCUUAUGCGCGAUGGUUACGCUGAUUGUUGUUCCCAGUUGGUCCCAGCUGGUCGACCAGAGAAGAAAUUGGUUGAAGGGGGGAACAAAAA